AUGAACAAGGACAAUCAGGAUAUUGUUGAUAAAGCCUUCAAUAUAGCCCAUUGGGGAUUCGCUAAUGCCUCUAAGCUGGCCGAUGAACUCAAAGAUUCAGUAAUAAGCUCUGCUAAAUAUGUGGAGAAGGCUGUUGUUGGCGAUGAGGAGAUUAUUAGUUCCGUGGAAGCUCAUUCUACGUUUGGAAAAAUGAACAUACCAUUCCCUGGAUUUCUAAGUGCUGGGAGGGAUAACUGGGUAAAAACAGCAGGGUUUUCUGCGACUGCUAUUCUGAUGUGUUGGGGAUGUCAUCAUAUGCUAAGGGUUCCCUCAAAGUUACCAGUUAAUGAAAAUAAAUGUGUUCUCAUAUUAGGUAACAGGAAUGAUCCCAUAGUGAGAUCACAAAUUGCUGAUCUAUUCAGAAGAAAAUAUACCGUCUUCCUUUGCUCUGAAAACAUCGGAGAUGAAAAUGAAGAUGAAGAAUUCUUGUUUUACUUAGACCCAUCUUCCAAUAAGGAUCUUAUGAGGUUUAUUGAUUAUCUAACAACCUCUAGUUCUAUCAAGAUGAAUUUAGCUGCAAUUCUAUUCAUGCCUAACAUUGCAUACCAUGUGCCAGGCUCUCUAACAACAGAAGUAUUAAACUCCACAUUCAAUGCCAAUAUAUCCGUUUAUUAUGAUGUUCUUAUGAAAAUAUUACCACAUUUACCAUAUAAGAAGACCCCAUUAUUUCUUUACAAUCCAUCAUUGGCAUAUAAUAUGCAAAUAUCUACCCAGCCAGCCACCACAUUUGUCUCAGGAUGUAUAAAUUCAUUAUACCAAGUAUUGAGGCAUCUUCGAGAUUUACAAACAAUUCAACUCAACUUGGGAGUUUUCCAAUUAGGUGGUCAACCUUCGAAUUAUAAAUAUCUGGAAGUUAGUGGACCUAAUAUAAACAAGGCACUAUUCGAUCCUGUUUAUAAAUUGAUUAUCUCCUUUAAUGGGAACUUUCUGCAAAGGGCUUACAUGCAUCUUAUUACCCUUAAUGGUUUAUGUUCCUCUUUUCAUUUUGGGAAAUAUAGCUUGCUGUCUUCUUUGAUCCCAGGUCCAUACUUGGUUAAAGUACAUAUGGUUUGUGAAAGCAGAUUGAAAAGUUUUGCUAAAUAUCUUUCGGAUCUUCUUUAUAAGUCGAGUGCAUAUUUUAUUAAAUAA